AUGAUCAGCUCGGUGUGCGUGUCCUCCUACCGCGGGCGCAAGUCGGGGAACAAGCCUCCGUCCAAAACAUGUCUGAAGGAGGAGAUGGCCAAGGGCGAGGCGUCGGAGAAGAUCGUCAUCAACGUGGGCGGCACGCGACAUGAGACCUACCGCAGCACCCUGCGCACCCUGCCCGGCACCCGCCUGGCCUGGCUGGCCGACCCGGACGGCGGCGCCCGGCCCGAGCCCGAUGGCGGCGGCGGCGGCGGCGGCGGCGGCGGCGCGGGCAGCAGCGGCGGCAGCAGCGGCGGCGGCGGCGGCGGGGGCGGCGGGGGCGGCGGGGGCUGCGAGUUCUUCUUCGACCGGCACCCGGGCGUCUUCGCCUACGUGCUCAACUACUACCGCACCGGCAAGCUGCACUGCCCCGCCGACGUGUGCGGGCCGCUGUUCGAGGAGGAGCUCACCUUCUGGGGCAUCGACGAGACGGACGUGGAGCCCUGCUGCUGGAUGGCCUACCGGCAGCACCGCGACGCCGAGGAGGCGCUGGACAUCUUCGAGAACCCGGACGGCGGCGGCGGCGGCGGCGGCGCGGGGCCCGGGGACGAGGCCGGCGACGACGAGCGGGAGCUGGCCCUGCAGCGCCUGGGGCCCCACGAGGGCGGCGGCGCGGGCUCCGGCGCCGGGUCCGGGCCCGGGGGCUGCCGCGGCUGGCAGCCCCGCAUGUGGGCACUCUUCGAGGACCCCUACUCCUCCAGGGCGGCCAGGGCGGUGGCCUUCGCCUCCCUCUUCUUCAUCCUGGUCUCCAUCACCACCUUCUGCCUGGAGACCCACGAGGCCUUCAACAUCGACCGCAACGUGACGGAGAUCCUCCGAGUGGGGAACGCCACCCACGUGCGCGUCCGGCGGGAGGUGGAGACGGAGCCCGUGCUGACCUACAUCGAGGGCGUGUGCGUGCUGUGGUUCACGCUGGAGUUCCUGGUGCGCAUCGUGUGCUGCCCGGACACGCUGGACUUCGUCAAGAACCUGCUGAACAUCAUCGACUUCGUGGCCAUCCUGCCCUUCUACCUGGAGGUGGGGCUGAGCGGCCUGUCGUCCAAGGCGGCGCGCGACGUGCUGGGCUUCCUGCGGGUGGUGCGCUUCGUGCGCAUCCUGCGCAUCUUCAAGCUCACGCGCCACUUCGUGGGGCUGCGGGUGCUGGGCCACACGCUGCGCGCCAGCACCAACGAGUUCCUGCUGCUCAUCAUCUUCCUGGCGCUGGGCGUGCUCAUCUUCGCCACCAUGAUCUACUACGCCGAGCGCAUCGGCGCCCGGCCCUCCGACCCGCGCGGCAACGACCACACCGACUUCAAGAACAUCCCCAUCGGCUUCUGGUGGGCCGUGGUCACCAUGACGACGCUGGGCUACGGGGACAUGUACCCCAAGACGUGGUCGGGCAUGCUGGUGGGGGCGCUGUGCGCGCUGGCCGGCGUGCUCACCAUCGCCAUGCCCGUGCCCGUCAUCGUCAACAACUUCGGCAUGUACUACUCGCUGGCCAUGGCCAAGCAGAAGCUGCCCAAACGGCGGAAGAAGCAUGUGCCGCGGCCGCCCCAGCUCCAGUCGCCCGGCUACUGCCAGUCCGGGGACACCUCGCCCCGGGGCAGCGCCUACAGCGACGCCAGCCCCGCGGCCCAGGAGGAGGGGCUGGCCGAGAGGAAGCGGGCAGACUCCAAGCAGAAUGGAGAUGCCAACGCCAUGCUGUCGGACGAGGAGGCCGCGGGCCUCACCCAGCCCCUGGCCGCUGCCCCCAGCCCCGAGGAGCGCCGGGGCCUGCGCCGGGCCGGCACCCGGGACCGGAACAAGAAGGCGGCCGCCUGCUUCCUGCUCAGCGCCGGGGACUAUGCCUGCGCCGACGGCAGCGUCCGGAAAGAGACCUGCCAAGACGCCCUCUCGUCCAACUAUGCCCAGGCCGAAGUCCUCACCCUCUCUUAA